AUGGAACCUCCUUCAUAUGAAGAGGCCAGUCGCCACCCUUCUGGUCUGAGCACAGUUGCAUUCUACAUCCCUCCUCCCCCCUCCUACAACGCAUCCCUCUACUCCCCCUCGACACCUCCUCCCACUUAUGGAGAAGCAGUUACAAUCCAGCCGGAACCGUUUCCCGUCCUGACGUUGCCAACUGUUGGAAUCAUAACCCAUCCCCUUACACAAAUUGGUGUAACACAGUCUGUCGGCCGCGGACAAACUCUGCCAGCAGUAGUCGUGACGCAGCCGCAGCCUGUUUCCAUCUCAGUGACAUAUCUGGGAGACGUCCCCGGUGUGAUAAACUGCCCACACUGCCACCACGUCGUCACCACUAAAGUCUCUUACUAUCCUGGGACGGCUGCCUGGUGCAUGUGUGUGCUUCUCACGAUAAUGGGGUUAGUCUGUGGUUGCUGUCUGAUUCCAUUCACGAUAAGAAGCCUACAAGAUGCACAUCAUUCCUGCCCACAGUGUGGAAACAAGCUGCACAUAUACACAAGAUGA